AUGGUUCUGGCCCUGUUGGCGGGGGCAGCCCUGGGCACUGCUGGAGGGGUUGCGCUGGGCUGUCAGGUAGUGCCCAAGUUCCUGGUCAUCGAGCCCAAGGACUACAUCACGGCCGUGGACAUCAGCGCAGAUGACAACCCCAGCAUCCCCAUGCCCAAGACCGCGGGCAAGCCGGUCAGCGUGUUCAAGAAGCGGCUCCUGAAGGACACCAGCCCCUGGCUGGUGCACCCAGACUACGACCGGGCCAAGGUGCUGCAGGAGAUCCGCAUCGACCGCCUGGACCUGGGCACACGCCCGCCCCGCGUGGACUGCUUCAAGAGCUACGAGACUGCAGAGGACGAGCUGAUUGUGGAGGCCCCCGCCUUCUGGGGCGGCGACAUCCACGUGCGCGUGACGGCGGUGGUCAAGGCGGGGUCCAAGACCAUCGAUGUGCCGGUGGAUGUGGCCAACGUGCAGGUUGUGGGUGCCAGGGGGCUCAAGGGCAGCCUGGUGGACCGAAUGGACGCCUUUGUGCUGCUGGAAGUGCGCAAGGGGCGGCCCCUGAAGACCAAGGUCAUCCCCAACAACGAGAACCCGGCCUGGAACGAGGAGUUUGACUUUGUGGUGGACACGCCGAAGCAGCAGGGUCUGAGCCUGGUGCUGAAGGAUGACGACCUGCUGGGGGCCAGCACCGAGGGCGUGGCGGUGGUGCCGCUGGACGGCUCGGAGUUCAUGGCCAAGCCGCGCGUGCCCGUUACCCUCACCGUGCCGCUGCGCGCCCCCGGGGAGCCGGCCAAGGCCAAGGAGCGGGCGCACCGCACCGAGAGCGGCGCGUCGGCGGCGGCCUGCGCCUAUGUGCUGGUGGUGGCAGGCUCGGGGCCCAGCCCCAUGGCCGACGCCGCCUCCUCCUCGGCCAGCGGCGAGAAGAAGAAGAGCUUCCUGAAGAAGGGCAUCGCCAAGCUGCGGCGGCACAAGAAGCCAACAGACACCCCGGGCGAGGCGGCGGAGCAGGCGGUGGCGGACGCGGUGGGCGGCACGCUGGCGGGGGCCGGCAGCCCCAGGUCGGAGGCGGGUUCCCACCGCCGCGAUUCGAUGGACACAGGCGGCCUGGCGGUGGAGGAUGAUGAUGCCGGCUCCGUGGCCAGCACGCCCCGCGUCAAGCUGCCGUCGGGCGCCCCCACCGGCGCCACUGUGACCGUGGAGUGCACCUACUUCCCCUUCAAGUCCUCCCAGCCGGAGCCCGUGACCACCUCCAAGCCGGGCACCAGCAAGGACGCCCCGGAGCAGGCCGCCAUCACCACCGUGCGCCGCAUGCUCAUGAGCACCACCUCCCCCGACCUCACCAGCAAAGGCGUGCUGACGGUGGCGCUCAAGAAGUGCACAAACCUGGCGAACAACCCCGACACCUACGCCAUCAUCACGCUGUACGACCCGUACCGCCUGCCCAUCCCCAACAUCGAGUUCCGGACAGAGGUGGUGAUGAACGAGGAUUGCCCCCGCUUCAACCUGCAGUGCGACUUUGUCAACGCGGAGGACAAGGUCGUGGGGCGCAUGCGCAUCACGCUGGAGGAUGUGGCCAAGGAGGGGCGCAUCAAGGACCAGUGGCCCCUGCUGGAGGCGCAGACGGGCGAGGUGCACAUGGGGCUGGAGUGGAACCCGAUUGUGGUGGAGGAGGUGGCGGCGGCGGCCGAAGGAGUGACGGCAGAGGGGUGA